UGUUCAAUUUAUCCGUGGGCGGAGGAAUUCCAGAGUCCCAUCGUCGAGUUUUGAUCCGAAGAGUGAACGUGCCGGAGACCGAUGCCGGUGCCACGAUACAUUUCAAGGUCGACACUUGAUGGGCAGCAUUUUCGGUCCCGCAUAUAGCAGUCGGCUGCUCUUCAUUGCAUAUCACCGUCGCAUAGGCUGCAUUCCCCGGUUUCAGAAAGAACCUGACCAUCAAAGAGCAAUGGCAUCAAUUCUCGAAAAGCAUGGCCUCAAAUUCGUGAAUCCGGCAGACGGUCAGGAGGUCGCCGACCAACUCCAUUUCAGCCACGCGGUGAUCCUGCCCCCCAACGCACGAACCGUGAUCAUAUCAGGACAAGUGGGCAUUUUGCCAGAUGGGAGUGUGCCGCAGUCUCUCGAGGAUGAAUACGACGAAGCGUUCACGCACGUCGAGAACGUAUUGCGCGCCAUUGGUUUUGGAGAGGAUGCAUUGGAAUACGUUUUCGAUGCAACGUUUUUCCUCAAGGGUGGCAUGGAUCCAAGCCUGUUGGUCGAGGUAGCGAGGAGGAGGUUCAAAAGCACCAGGCCAGCCACUGUGGGGGUUGAGAUUGCCCAGUUGCUCCAUCCCGAUCUGCAUCUCGAGAUCAAGGUGGUCGCCUAUAUGCCUGACUCGGUGGCAGCGUAGCUCGAGCAAAGCAAGCUUUGAGCCGAGGAUGCUGUCACACGGCGAUUUCUUCGGCCGGGAUCGUGCAGCGCAGGAGAGGGAAAGGAGAUUGGUCUCGUGUCUCCACCAUCAAGAAACGGAGUAGUGUCCAUCUCGCUGCAGAGGUCCAGCCCCGUCUGGAUUUGGCCGAUAGAGUGAUGGAUCACUUUAGCAAGGGUUGAGAUGUAACUGGGGAAGCGCGUGCCUCAGCCGCGGUGAUAGCAAGAGAACGAUGCAGGUGGCCGGAUAUCUCAAAGACACACUUAUUUAGAGGACUUUAAAUAAAGCUACUACUUUAACUACA